UGUCAUUAUCUUAUGUCAUAACAGUAAAGUUUCGUCGGAAAGUAUGACAAAAAAGUUGUUAAUAUUCUCAUUGCAUAUGUGUGAAUAUGGUUUAAUUGUUUACUGAGUUUUAUGAAUCAUAGGAUUUUUUUCUUAUAUUUAUAUUGAGAAAACUUUUAAUGUCGUUGGUUUACAAUGGGAUUUGAAUUGAAUCGCUUUCAAGGGGAUGUUGAUGAAGAGCUGAUAUGUCCAAUAUGUUCUGGUGUUUUAGAGGAUCCCUUGCAGGCACCGGCAUGCGAACAUGCAUUUUGUAAAGGUUGUAUAUCUGAAUGGAUUUCGAGACAACCAACCUGCCCAGUAGAUAGGCUGACUGUUACAUCUGCACAACUUCGUCAAGUUCCUCGUAUAUUGAGGAACUUACUUUCAAGACUCUGUAUCAAUUGUGAUAAUGCUCCUUAUGGAUGUACCCAAGUAUUAAAAUUAGACUCUCUCAACUCCCAUUUGGAAGAAUGCGAAUAUAAUCCUAAACGACCCCUUCCUUGCGAACAAGGAUGUGGGUUAAUUAUACCAAAAGAUGAACUGAAAGAUCAUAACUGCGUCAAGGAACUAAGAUCUCUGAUACACAACCAGGAACAAAAAAUGAAAGAGUUCCAAAAGGAACUAACAGAGCAGAGAUUUGUGAUAAAUGAGCAAAAGAGGGAAAUGCAGCUUCUGAAGAAACACAGUGGCUGUCCCAAUAAGCUCGUUAAAGAGUAUAUAAGAGCAUUUCGGAUAUCGAAUCCUUCUAUGAGGGCCAUAGCAGAUGCAAUGGAGAGGGACGAGGUAGUUCGUUGGAGUAACACUCUUCAAAGAGCAAGGGUAAACCGAUGGGGGGGUAUGAUUUCAACACCGGAUGAGGUUUUACAGAGAAUGAUAAGGAGAACGCUCAACGAGAUGGGUUGUCCGCCCCACAUACUGGACAAUCUCAUGGAAAAUUGCCACGAAAGAAGAUGGCCGCCGGGGUUGUGCUCCUUGGAAACCAGACAGAACAACCGGAGACAAUACGAGAACUAUUUGUGUAAAAGAGUGCCAGGUAAGCAGGCCGUCUUGGUACUCGCUUGUGAUAACACCCAUAUGGGCGAGGAUAUGAUGGUGGAGCCGGGACUGGUGAUGAUAUUCGCCCAUGGGAUCGAAUAAAUUGCUAACUUGAUUAUAAUCCGCCAGUGAUCAUUGAAUAUUUUCGUAGAGCAUCUGUAAACUCAUUCAAAAAUGACUCGAAACACUAAAAUGAUGAAAGAGUCUUUUCCAUGUCUAAAUUAGUGGAUACCUAACUUUUAGUGACCCAUAAUCUAAAUUAAAUUAUUUCCUUUUCGAUUCAGGUGCAUAUUUUCUGUGAUAUUUAGGUUCGAAAUAUAUUUUUAAGGUUGCACCGAUAAUUUUCAACCUUGCUCCCCUAAAAAAAUCUUCUGAAACUUUAAAUAAUGGAUAUUGAUAUUGAACAAUUUGAAAAUUAUUCAUAACAGAUAUGUUAUCUGUGAGUUUCGUUCAACUUAUUUAAAUUUCUACCAAAUAUUUUAUUGAUGUUAUACUUAUAUUUUAAAAUUUUUUGCUAUACUUUCUAUUGUGGUGGAGACACCAACGUUUACUUACUAAUUUUGAUUUAUUUAUUUAAUAGCUCAGAUUGAUGAAUUUUUUUAACGAAAUUAUUUUAUCUCAGUUACCUCGUGCUUUGUAUUGCAAGUUCGUGCAUUACAUUGGAGAGUUUUUGAACUGAGUUUAUAGAUUGACUUUUAAGCGUAUAUCCUAAUAUCGAUAAUAAUUCAAUUCACUCAAUUGAUUUAGAGUAAACUACUCAGUCAUUCGGUAAAAACUUAGAAUAUGUAAGGCUUUUGAGUAAACAUAAUUUGAAGACUAUUAUGAUUUCUAGGUUGUUCAGAAUCAAGCAUUUCUUGCUGAAAUGAAACAUUUCCAGCUGAUAAGUUGAGGAUAAAUCUAUAUCCUUAAACUGUGAUGAAAAAAUUUAGAAUUAUCAGUUGCCCAUUUCCAUGCCAAAAUUUUUUAUCUCUUUAUAUGUGUUUUGGGUAAUUGGAAUUAUUGUAUUUGAACACUUUCAAUGUGAAAGACUGAAUGAUAUGAUAUAUCUUGAAUAAAAUAAGAUUCGUUUAUAAUGGUUUCUUCUGAUUUUUAAUAUGAGUUGAAUUUCGAAAUUUUCGAGAAAAUAUCUCUUGAAUCUGAUCUCAUAAUCUAGUGAAUGGUUUUUGUAGAUCUUAAAAUCCUAGUCAAUAUAGAAUUUUUUUGGUAUUGAAUGCUCAUGAUUGGAACUAUUUUCGUAUGUCUAUUAUGGUAAUAGGAAUAUAUUUUGGAUAAGAAAAAAAUGGAUAUAAGACGUUAACACGAGUGCCGUUAUCCGUACUAUUUUUUACGUAAGUUUGCUUGGAAAUGAUUGCUUCACGUUCUGUUCUUUGGGAUGUAUGCUAUUAUUUUGUGCUUCCAUUUUACUAUCAAGUGAUGUAUGAAAUUUUGUUACGAGGGCAUUGUUUGGUUACGUAUGUUACUGCCAAUAAAUAUAAUUAAUGUUUUAAGAAUA